AUGGAAGCAGAAAGUAAAGCAGUAGAUAUUCAGUUAAAAGUAACAGAACUAGUCACAACACCUCUUAGUAGCAGAGCAAUGAAAGUAGAUCCUUUAAACAACGAAUUUAAACCAGAAAAUACAAUUUUCGUCAGAUGUACAGAUGGAAAUUACGCAUUAUGUAUAACUUACAACGGAUGUAUACAAGUAGCAUUAUUUAACUGCAAAGAUUUCAGAUGGUUUGGAAAAAUUUAUUCAAUCGACGACUUAUCUACAAACCACAUGACGGGAUAUUACCUAGGAUCGAACAAAUUCGUAGUAAUAAGCGAUAAUGGCAUGAAGUUCGUAAUGCUUGUUAGUGUAAAUGAAGAUAUUACCAUAGCUCUCGAUUUACUUGAAGUUGAUUACAUGCAGAGGUCAUUGCUGACAUACAUAGGCUACAGAAGAGUUGUAAGGAUGCUUUACAAGGCGUCAGAUAACGAAGCUGCUCAAAUUGACAUCUUUUUGAACGAAGACGGUUCUGAUUUCAAGACUAUUGUUUCAAACGGUAUGAUCACGAUGCCAGAUUUCACUACAAUGGUAGCUUCUUAUCAGCUAGAAAUGAAUUAUAUUUUAUUUCUAACUGAUAACGGUUUAUUCCUUUUUGAUAGCGAGGUCGGACGUUUCAGUGAAGUUGUAUCAAACAAAUCCGAUGUGUUUAAGAUAAAUAGGGAGUACAAAUACGGAUAUAUUUUUCCGGAUCCAGAAAAAUUGGAUACCGUCAUUAUUUUCGCCAGUUUCUUGAAGAGUCCAGGCAGGACAAGCUACUUGGUUGGCAACCCAAUGAAAUUAACUCUUAGUAAUACUCAUUAUUUGUUAAUUUCUUGGAUAAACUCAAUUACCUGGCCAUCCUCCUUUUUCUCGCCCGACAAGAACACCGUCAUAGCCUUUAAGACAGAUUCCAUAUUAGAAGUCCUCUCCCUUGGCUAUCCGCCAUCACCUUUGCCGCCAAUUGUGAAAUCUUCACCAGAUAAAAAAUUACUUGUCACUUUUGAAAUACCAAAGUAUGAAUAUUGGUAUUUAAUACACUCCAUGUACUUGAAGAUCAUGACAGGCAACGGCAGAUAUACCUCAAGAGAGAUAAACUUCGUGAAUGGAUGUACAUUGUCCUUAGUUAUGCCUGAAUCAAGGAGAUAUCACGCAACGCUUGAAGCUCAUGGAAAAUUCGGUAUUCUUUCAUCGAGCUUGGUCGAGUUCCAGUCUUACGAUACUUUCGAGCCAACAGAUAUCAAAGUUCGAUACGAUGGCGAUAAUGUCUUAAUUACAUGGAAAUCUACAUCGCCAAGUGACGGAAUACUGAUCGAGGGUGCACAAUCAAAGGUUGCAGAGUUCGAGAAACUCAUGUUCUUCAAGAAUCCGACAGUUAAUGGAGUUGUCGCGAAGAUUCCGGAAGAAAUCAGGUAUUUCAGGGUUUCAAGCAUAAGGGAUGGUCGUGGAUAUCCUUCAGCGAUUGCAAAGAUAAAGGCUGAAGCAAUUAGAACGGUAUUCAACAAAGAACAGAAAAUUAAACUCGAAAGAAUCUUCAAGAUCAAUCCGACACCAAAAAUAAGACAGAGAGAUGAAAUAGCGAGAGAACUAAACAUUCCUCUGAAAUCUGUAACUUACUGGUUCCAGAACAGAAGGAGCCUCGAAAAUGGAUCCAGAAAGGGAUUGAAAUAUGAUGUGGAAGAGGAAGAAAGCGAGGAUGUCUUUGACUCUGACCUGAAAGAUGGUGAUUUGUAA